GGACUUCUCGAGGCGCUGAACUCUGAACUCACACACCACUUGUUCCCUUCAAAACUCACUCAUUUCUCUUUCCUUUUCUCGCUGCCUCCGCUUUCUUCCCAAAAAUGAGGCCUUCCAUGUUCAGAUCCGUGAAGUCCGCCGUAGCGAGAAGCUCCUCGGCCCACGUCGCUCGACGUGGCUACUCCUCCGAAUCCGUCCCGGAGCGCAAGGUCGCCGUUCUCGGCGCCGCCGGGGGUAUCGGGCAGCCACUGGCUUUGCUGAUGAAGCUCAACCCUCUGGUCUCCAGGCUCUCCCUUUACGAUAUCGCUGGGACCCCCGGUGUUGCCGCCGAUGUCAGCCACAUCAACACCAGAUCUGAGGUGGCCGGGUAUAUGGGUGACGACCAGCUGGGAAAAGCUUUGGAGGGAUCAGAUGUUGUUAUCAUCCCUGCUGGCGUGCCCAGAAAGCCCGGUAUGACCCGUGACGAUCUCUUCAACAUUAAUGCCGGUAUCGUCAAAUCUCUCUGCGCUGCCAUCGCCAAGUACUGCCCUAAUGCCAUCGUUAAUAUGAUAAGCAACCCUGUGAACUCAACAGUCCCCAUUGCUGCUGAGGUUUUCAAGAAAGCAGGAAUAUAUGAUGAGAAGAGGUUGUUUGGUGUGACUACCCUUGAUGUGGUUAGGGCUAAGACAUUCUAUGCUGGAAAGGCGAACCUGAAUGUUGCAGAGGUUAACGUACCAGUUGUUGGUGGCCACGCUGGCAUAACCAUUCUCCCACUGUUUUCUCAAGCCACACCGAAAGCCAAUUUUUCAGAUGAAGAUAUCAAGGCUCUUACAAAGAGAACUCAAGAGGGAGGGACAGAAGUUGUGGAAGCAAAGGCUGGGAAGGGAUCUGCAACAUUGUCAAUGGCCUAUGCUGGAGCCAUAUUUGCCGACGCUUGCCUGAAGGGACUUAAUGGUGUUCCAGAUGUAGUGGAAUGUUCAUAUGUUCAAUCAAGUGUCACUGACCUUCCUUUCUUUGCUUCUAAGGUGAGGCUUGGAAAGAAUGGUGUAGAGGAGAUUUUGGGGCUAGGUCCUCUCUCUGACUUUGAAAAGGAAAGUUUGGAAACCCUGAAACCUGAACUCUUGUCAUCUAUAGAGAAGGGAAUCAAGUUUGCCAACCAGAGUUAGAUGACUAUAUUACAUAUGGGUGGCUGGCGUGGAUGAUGCUAGCUCCUUGAGAAAGCUGCACCAAAUUUUGCUUCUUGGUUUCUUUAUCAGUAUUGUGCUUGUUGAUGCUAGUGGCACCGGCUUUUUGCUAUUUUAUCAGGCUUUUCAUAAAGCAAAAGAUUCCAUCAAUAAUUCCCUGUGGCAUUCCUAGGGAGGGAUAGCUGUGAUUCUGAACUUUGUCCAAGUAGUUGGUCAUAAUUUAUUCAUCUGACUCAUUAUUACUUGAUCACCUAUUGGGUGGAUUAAUGCGAUGAUCUGUAGAUUGUUACCUA